AUGGGGCCAGUAUUGGUUGCUGUAGCUCCCAUGUUCUUAGCAAUAGCAUGCAUGUCGUUAUCACUUAUUCGUCUUCUUGGCAUUACUAAUCAUACUAGAAGGCAUGAUGAGUACGGAGGUCCCAACAACAACGGCAAUCUGAAGCCAGCACUCAUCUUGUUCUACAGCCUGGUGCUCGCUCAAGCGCCAAUUAGCAGUGGACUACUUAAGUCCAUCAAGAAUGAUGAAACAACAGUUGAGAUUAUUGUGAGGGAAUCCUUACGCGUGGUGUGCAAGCUUACCACCAGCGGGACAGAAGGUGCACAGAGCAGUAGGAAAUUAUGCCAUGAAUUAACAACAACAACAAAAUAUGGCAGGACAGCUGAAAACAUACUUUGGGUCUUGAGCAACAGUAGCGACCAAGAAAUGGCAGAGAGAGCUACUGAAAUCCUCUCAAGGCUAACUCUGAGUAAAGAAACAAUGAGCGACUUUGUUGUCGUGCUGCAACGCCUACUUAUGGAGCCUCAGGACAGCCCACUGAGAGUGAGAACUGAGGCAGGGAAAGCACUGAGCGCCCUUGUAAGAUCCCAUGGGGACGAGUUUCGUGACAAGUUUCCAGACAUUCAGCAGAUGGUCACAAUUAUGGGUGCUGCUGAUGAUGCAUACUGUAAGGAGUACCGGGUGGUGACGGCAGAGAUGUUGGCAAAACUUUGUGCCAAGUCCACAGCAGAUGAUCGGGAUAGGAACCUCCUCAGCUCAGUAGCGUCCAACGCAUUGUCCACGGUACUUAAAGCGAUAGUAACUGAAACUGGCAUGGACAUGAGGUUUCUCGCGUCGUUCUUAGGCCUUGCAGUGCAGAUCUGUGAGAAGCUCGCGACCGCGGAGGCUUUUGCGGAUGCGGUGACAGGGCUGCUUCCAAUGGGGAACAAUGUUUUUGCAGAGAAGCUGGAGAGGAUCAUCGAUGAGGUGACGAACGACAGCGACGAUGAAAUUUGCCUGGCGAUCAUGAAGUCCGUGACUAAGCUGGUUACGUGGGUGGCAGAAAUCGACACCGCCAUCAGCCCUGCUUAUUUGGACUACUUCCGGCAGGUGAACAUUGUUCAGAAACUGGACGCCGCCGUGGAGGCCAUGGCUCACCUAGAAAGGUACGUGGUUAUGACCGGCGGUGCUGAUGAGAAGGAAGGUCAUGUGACGCUUCAGACGCUUGUGGAAACAGCCAAGAACAAGUUGGAUUCACAGCAGCAGCAGAGUUAG